GCUAGUGCGGCUACAAGUUGAGAGCGACCAAAACAAACGAUGACGGCGGAGCAAAUGGGUCGAAAAAAGCUUGGAUUAAGCAUGGGAAUGCUUUUGCUUUGAUAGUUAUGGCAGAGUUGUAGACACAACUGUAGAGACACUUGUAUUUCUAGAUGGGAAAUGAUGCAGUUUUGACUGCCAACUGGCCGGUUUGCGAGCUGUACUGUAUCUGGGUUUGAUGCUGUUCCUGUAACGUUACAGCUGUGCUAACGAGCUAAGUCGUAUCUAGCUGUCAACAAAGCUCUCCUGGACGGAACAGAGCUUGAAACUGCGAAAUACUGUUCGCACGAGGUUGUUGUUGAGAAAUGCAGAGACAGUUCAAGUGACUGUGCUUUGUGUGGCAACGCCAAAUUCCCUUUAAGAUCCGUGUAGCUAUUUCUGAACUUGCUGAUAGCUAACUAGCUAGCCCGACAGUCAAAAUGAGUUGGUUCAACGCAUCUCAUUUAUCCAGUUUCGCUAAACAAGCUUUGACAACAGCUCAGAAGUCAAUCGACCGAGUUUUGGACAUCAAAGAAGAGGACCAAUGGGGUGACACGGUUGUUAUGCCCUAUGACGAUGUUACAAUACCUGGGAAGCUGUCACUGAGUGGGGGAUGGGGGAUGACACAGUGGGAGGCACCACCUGAAGAAAAGACCACCACUCCUCCUCCUUCCUCUGAGGCCAUUACUACUCCUGUCACCCGCACAGUUGUGGAUGAAUCCGAAAACUUUUUCAGUGCCUUUUUGCCACCCGGAGAUGUACAAGGUGUUACCAAAACCCAUGUAGUGUCAGUACCUCCCACUAAGUCUCAAAUUCGGCCCCAGGAGAAGAAAAAGAAAAGCAAAGAGGCUGUGGCACAAAAAGAAGUGGAGACCCAAAAGUCAGCACCUGCUGAUGAGAGUCAUGAGAGCCAGACGGUUUCUGAGAGCCAGUCAGUUGAGCUCGAGUCCUCACCAGCAGCACCUUAUGCAGACACUAUCCUCCUGCAGCCAGUCUCUCCUGCAUCCUCUGCCAGCGAUCUUCCUGACAACAAAACCGGCAUUUUAAGUUCAGAUGUCACCUCUACAGAUUCUGUAGACUCAAAAACAGAGCAGUCACAGACUCCAUCAGUUGACCAGGCUGAUACCACAGACUCAUCUGAACCUGCCGCUGUCACCUCCGAACCUAAGAGCACUACGCCCUCUGAUCCUUCGCCAUCCCCGUCCUCUAAGGAAACACUCAUAGAGCAUAAAGACUCAAAGACGGAGGACCGUCAAAACGACACCCCCUCUCCUCCAGUCAGCGCUUUCUCCUCAGGAACCUCCACCACCAGUGACAUCGAAGUGCUUGACCACGAGUCUGUGUUGAGUGAGAGCUCAGCCAGCUCCAGACAAGAAACAGGGGAGGGCAAGGCUGGCCUUCACCUGAUGCAGGGCUCCUUCCAGCUUCUCACUGCCUCCACCUGUGGGGAUUUCCCCCGUCUGGAAGACUAUUCUAAACUCACAGAGAGCUGCGGCUCCUCCUCGGAUGCCUUUGAGCGCAUUGAUUCCUUCAGUGUGCAGUCACUGGACAGCCGGAGCGUCAGUGAGGUUAACUCAGAUGAUGAGAUCCCCGGCAGUCGGACACUAGCAUCUGUCACUGCAGGACCUGCUUUAGCAGUGUCAUCAGCUGUAUGUCAGAAGCAGGAAGAUGAAGUAGGGGAGAAAGCACGAGAGGAGGAGGAGGAGGAGGAGGAGGAGGAAGAAGAGGGCUUUACUGACACAAUGAGGGAGCAGUCCCUGGAUGAGAUGGAGGAGAGUGGACGGAGUGCAACACCUGUUAAUAGUGAGCAGCCAGAAGACUUGACAGAACAGGAAUCUGAGGUUAACGUCACACUGUCUGAUUCUGUCUCCAAAGUUGAAGAACGGAUCACUCUACCAAUCACUGAAGAGAUGAAAAGUGUCUCAACUGUUCAGAUUUUGGAGCUUCAGAAGGCUAUUGAUGAGCUGUCAGGUCGCCUUGAGAAGAGAGAGUCUCAGCUGCUGGCAGUCAGCAAAGACAAGGCCAGGCUGGAGGAGCAGUGUGACAAUCUCAAAGAUGAAGUCAUAAGCCUGAAGGAGGAGAGCUCCACUGUUCAGUCCCUAAAGGAUGAAUUCACCCAACGCAUAGCAGAUGCAGAAAGGAAGGCUCAGCUGGCCUGCAAAGAAAGAGACAUAGCCAAGAAGGAAAUAAAGGGCUUGCGGGAGGAGCUUUCCACAAGACUUAACUCUAGUGAUACAAUGGAGAUCAUCAAGGAGAAGGAGGAGCAGAUCAGAGGCCUGCUAGAAGAAGGUGAAAAGUUGUCCAAGCAGCAGCUGCAGCACAGCAACAUCAUUAAGAAACUGCGUGUGAAGGAGAAGGAGAGCGACUCCAGGAUCACCAAGCAGCAGAGGAAAAUCAAGGAGCAGGAAGAGGAGCUCAGGCAGCUGCAGCAGGUUCUAGAUGGGAAGGAGGAGGUGGAGAAACAGCACAGGGAGAACAUCAAGAAGCUGAACGCUGUGGUGGAGCGGCAGGAGAAGGACCUGAGCAGGCUGCAGACAGACUCUGAGGAGCUGCAGGAGAAGAACAGGAGCCUCCAGGCUGCUCUGGACAACUCUUACAAGGAGCUGGCAGAACUUCACAAGGCGCACGUUAGCAGAGCCAGUGAGGCUGAAGAGGCAGCACUUAGCAGAGAAACGCAGGCCAAGGAGCAGCUGAGCCUGGCUCUUGAGAAGGCCCAGGAGGAGGCCAGGAUGCAACAGGAGGCUCUAGCCAAUCAGGUUGCUGACCUGAGACUGGCUCUACAGAGGGCUGAGCAACAGCAAGGAAGGAAAGAAGACUAUUUGAGGGAAGAGAUCAGUGAGCUGCAGCAGAGGCUUCAGGAGGCAGAGACCAGGAACCAGGAACUCAGUCACAGUGUUACCUCAGCAACACGUCCCCUACUGCGACAGAUUGAGAAUUUACAGGCCUCACUGGGCGGACAGACGGCAUCCUGGGAAAAACUGGAGAAGAACAUCUCUGAUAGGCUAGCGGAUGCCCAGGCACAGCUGGCUGUUGCUGUGGAAAAAGAGCGAUCAGCAACAGAAGACCUUAUGUCCAUCAAGUCCCAGCUGGCCUCCCUGGAGUCCCAGAAUUCCCUGUUUCGCCAGGAGAAGGCUCGACUCCUGGCACAGUUGGAUGCUGAGAAGAACAAGAGAGAGAAACUUGAAGAUGAGAGGAGCAGGGAACAUGUUGAUUUGGAAAAUCUGCGGGGAGAACACAUCCGCAUGCUGGAAGAGGCCAAGAAAGAAAAGCUGCUGCUCACCAAUCAACUAGAGAUGGAGAAGAUGAGGGUGGAGCAAGAGAAGAAGAAAUGCUACUUGGCACAAGAGGCACUCAAGGAAAAGGAGCGGAAGGCCACGACCCAUUCUGUCGGAGAGCCCCCUGCGUCCUCCACACCCUCCCUGUCCCGCUCCAGCUCUAUCAGCGGUGCAGAUAAUGGUGGUCUACACACCUCUAUUCUUUCUCAGGAUGACUGUUUAGACCACUCUCUGGGUAACAUGACCAUGUCCAUGUCGAUGAGCGGCAACAACCUGUACGAGGCCGCCAGGCUGUCUGGAGGCUCCAGCAUCUUAGAGAACCUCCAGUCUCAGCUUAAACUCAGAGAAGGAGAGAUGGCACAACUGCAGCUUGAGAUCUCCAGUCUAGAGAGGAGUCGUUCUGUGAUGGCAGAAGAGCUGGUUCGACUCACCAAUCAAAACGAUGAGAUGGAGGAGAUGGUGAAGGAAAUCCCCAAGUUGAAGGUUCAACUCAAGGAUCUGGAGCAGAGGCACAACACCAUCCUGCAGAUGUACGGAGAAAAGGCCGAAGAGGCAGAGGAACUUAGACUGGACCUUGAAGAUGUGAAAAACAUGUACAAAACCCAGAUUGAUGAACUUCUGAAGAACCAGAAAUAAACAGUUUUUGCUGAACUGUGUUACCUCUGGGACACUCACAAACAAAUCAGUCGACCAUCUUAGCCACCACACGUACAUUCACAAAAAAGAUAGUGCAGAGAGUUUAAGUUUAAUCAUUUUGUCAAAAGAAAAUGAUUUUAUCUUUUAUUUUAUAUUAAUUAAUUAUCACACUAUAAUUAAGAGGGUAUGCUGGGAUUAUGC